AUGGAGUCCUACGUGGUGAGCUGUAAAUAUGCUGAGCCGCAGUUCCCGCCAUGUGAAGAAGAUUACAGUAAUUUUAAUGAACAAGGGGGGUAUUACAACAACCCCGAGGACAGUGGCAGUUUUGGAGGGGGCUAUAUGUCCAUGCAGCCCCCUCCGCCUCCCUAUACACAACAACAAACCGGUUAUCAACACUCUUUGCAGGGGCAUCGCCGGCAAGAUGGAGAGGACCCCUCGCAGCAUCAAGAUGCAACCUACCCGGUCUACAGAGAGACGGACGGGCCCGUGAAGGAGAGGUUUCCCGUGGGUGACCUGCAGUGCCAGGCCUGGAUGACCUGCGCAAAGCCCGCUCAGGUGCAGAGGAAAACGGCCUGCCAGGGCAAAGACAAGCCGCCCAUUGUUGUCUACCCGUGGAUGAAGAAAGUGCACAUCGCUCAUGUUAAUCCAAAUCACGUGGGCCCGGAGCCAAAGAGGUUGCGGACGGCCUACACGCGACAGCAGGUCCUGGAGCUCGAGAAGGAGUUUCACUUCAGCCGCUAUCUCACGCGCCGCCGCCGCGUCGAGGUGGCCCACGCGCUCUGUCUGUCCGAACGGCAGGGGAAGGUGUGGUUCCAGAACCGGCGCAUGCGCUGGAAGAAAGACAACAAAUUGCCCAACACCAAAGGAAAGAGCAAAAACAAGAAAGCGACCGACAACAACAACAACAACAGCAACAGCAGCAGCAGCGACAGCAUGAAGACGGUUAUAACUGUCUAAACACACAGGAGCGCAGAGUGUGGCAGUCGAAGCAGCCAUGGUAGCACCUUCAUUCUCCAAAGCUGAUGUUGCUUAAUUUAUCCAGGGUGACUGCAGUCCUCAAACAAUUCUCACCUGCUUUAAAGUUACGGCUUUGACGAACACACGUUUAUAAAUUCCAUUAUGUAUUUUUUCCCUUGUUUUUAACUUCACCUUUGGAGCAUUUUAAUUUUUUUCCUUUUUUGAGGUUUCAUCCAUAUUGAAUCUCAUAAUUAAUGAAUGAAUGAAUAUAUUUUAAGUUCACGGAGGCCCUGACAUCUCUCUGGUGCAGACAGGGAAUUGCUUCAUAUUUAGACAUCCGAUGAAGACGCAAAAACAGUGCUCGUUUGUCGCGGUGCCAAAAUACUCGUGACUGCGUGGAACAGGAUGAAUCAGGGUUUUCUUUUCUCCACAGGGUAAACAUAAUACAGGGUUAUAUAACAGCUACCUAAAAGCAGAAAAAUCCUAAUUUAUGAAUAUGCACGUUACCAAAAUGUUACAUAAACUGGCGCUUAAAGGGUAGGUAGAAGAGCAGAAACACCAAAUUGCGUGUUGAGUGACUGCACAAAUUAUGUUUUAGCUUUUGAUUUUGUACAGAGAAGCAUCCAAAAAUAAUUCAUAUUUGGAAGGAAAUUAGCCAUAUUUUUUCUUGGAUUUUAUUUCCCACAUUUAUAAUUUUGUUUUUAAAAAAGAGCCAAAAUGAAGGUACAAUUUUUUAACGCACACACCUGACUGUAAAUCCAACUUCUUUUCUCAGGGUUACAGGGUUUUACAAAGAGAUCUUUUUUUUCUGAAAAAACUUGUUUGAUUUCGCACCGAGAGGAUUAAAUUAGCCCUCUGUGAAAUACCAUGAUGUUGCAUAUAAAUAGGUAUGUUCUCUCUUUGAUUCCAGUUUAAUAUGCUAUCGAUAUCUAUCAUAGUCUACGCCAGUACUUAUGUUUAAUUUGUAAUAAUUAGAAGCAUAUUUUAUUCGUUCUUUAUAGCAAGCAUCUUCUCCGUUAUUUUUUCGUUACUUUUGAAAAAAAAGUGUAUUCCUGUAAUAAUUUUAUAUGUGGAAAUGUUUUGAUAAAAAUAGAU